AUGUCUUUGAUCGAUGUGCCCCGUCUCAAUCUCCUCUCAUCCCCUCCUAGCCUCAUCACUCUUCCACGCGAACUUCUCAACCUCGUCUUCGACUUCGUCGAUCGUCCUUCGGCUCUGGCGCUCGCGCGUACCGGCUCGGUCUUCGCACCCUUCUGCGACAAGGUCAUCUGGCAGCGGCUUGACCUCAAACUCAACCCCAACCACGGUCAUUCUCCCUCUACCUUUCCUCCUGAAAUCAGCCCCCGCGUGUCUCUGUCGGACAGGGAAGAGCGUGCAUGGUGGAAGGGGGAGGAGUUACACCAGGUCGCGAUCAAGGCGAAGGUGGCCAUGGUACAUAUGCGGGCGGAUGAGAAGCGCUGGCGUAUGGUGCAGGAGGUCUUCCUGGAACCAAGACCCGGAGCGGUGGAUGGAAUGCUUUACGCCUUGGAGAUGGCGUCCAGCAGCCUUCGGCGGCUCGUUAUCGAGCGGUCAGCUAAGACAGACUUCAUAGACGACUGGAGGCCGCCCAAGCACCACCAAAGUCUCGAAAUCAAAUCUAUUGAUCGCGGCCUUUCCUUCCCCUUCCUCACGGAACUCCACAUUGGACCAAAUGCCAUCCGCUUCGCCGAGCUCGCACUCCUGCUGGUCCAGGCAUCGCCCAAUCUACGGUGCCUCUUCGUCGACGUCAUCUAUGAUGUCUAUAAUCUGGCGGACAACGCUCUAUCGUGGAACCAAUAUGGCGGACCCUCCUUUCCGGUGAUUGUGCCGCCUACCAGUAUCUCGACUAUGCGGAUCCGCUUCUCCCACGGGUGGCCAGGAGAUAAUCCCGACCGGGAUCAUCCGCUCCACAAGCUGUUGCGCUGGAGCCCGAAUAUAGAGCGGCUGUCCGUGCACGCCAACUCUCGCACGGAUGCGCAACGGAAGUCGAUCGUCGAGACAGCGCAUGGCUUGACUAAGCUGGAAUACCUGCAUUGGGAGUAUGAUGCCCAGGGUUUCGUUGACGACGUCAACUCCCUAAGGGACGUGGGCUUCUUACGAUUACGUCUUCUCGUAUUCCACGAUAUCCCGUGGUCGGUCAUAAUCGAACAACUACCGGCAUUCCCCAUGAUCGAGACUAUCUACUUUUCGCCGGACGAGCACUACUACUUCGACGAGUUCGACGAGCUGGACCCGUGCGAAGCGACGAGCGCGUGGCCUAUGCUUUCAUUAUUGGCUCGUCGGCUGCACGAGUCGCCCAGGCUUCGCACUUUCCGCUCGUCGACAUACCUCGAUCUUCCCCCGGAUUUGGACGAUUUCGUCAACCUCCAUUCCGGCGGGGACAAGGAGAGACCCAUCGGCGAGGUCUGGUCCUAUCACCACGCCGGAUCAGAGAUCCUACACCUCCGGCUCAUGGGCGCAGGAUCAAUGAUGUACCGCUCUUUGGACCUCGCAAACGCCGCCGAUCAAGGCUACAUCUUCCCUCGUUCCCCGGAAGAAGAGCGGCAGACGAGAACGUUUGGGGAUGGGGAAUUGGGCUGGUGGGACUACACCGACCUGGACGCGGCAGUGGUACCUUUGAGUGUACUGGAGGAGAUGAGAGUGGCGGAAGGCGCGAGCAUUGUCCAAUGGGAGCGAAGGGGAGUAGAGGUUGGAGAAGCGGGAUGGGCGGUGUUAUCGGCUUGGCAGCAAGGUUGCUAG